GCCCUGCUGAAGCUGGAUUGCCAAGGAUUACUUGCACGUAUCACGCAAGACACAGUCAUUUUUACAUCUGCUGUGAAGCUUGGGAAAGGCUGGAGAGAGCUGGCAGAAAAAUUAGCACGACUCACAAAGCAACAAAUCGAAGCUUAUGAAACUCCCCACCGGGGCACAAAUGGAGAUGUCCCUCCAGAGAUGAUGUGGAAACCGGCGUAUGAUUUCCUGUACACCUGGGGAGCUCACUAUGGAGACAGUUACAGAGAUAUGUUGCAAGACCUGCAGUCUGCACUGGACAAAAUGAAGAAUCCUGUGACCAAACAGUGGCGAGAAUUAACCGGAGCUCUGAUUCUAGUCAACUGCAUGGAGGUUCUCCAGGCAAGUGCUUUCUCUAAGAUGGAUGAAGACUAGAAGUCAUCAAAUUUAGAAAGGCGCCGUGGAAAUUAUCUUCCUGAAACACAAAGCAGUUAAAUGAGAGCAUUUGCAUCAAGAACCGUUUAGCUCCUCUGCCUGUGAAAAUUAUGCCUAUUGCUUCUGGCUUUUAUGGGCUUAAGCUUUUUUAAAUGAAAAGAUCAAGUCAUUUAUUUUUCAAGCAGGACCAGUUUUCCCUUGCUUUCCUUCAUACCCGUGUCCCUACAACAACAUGUCUCGAAAGGUGUUUGUGUACAGCAGUCGGUAUUUGAACAGCCUUGCAGUGGGCUGCAUGUUUUUUGGGGAAGUUUAGCACGGGAGGAAUUUGAGCUGGGCAGCAUAGUUACACUACUUAUUCAGAGCGUUUUACCUAGAAAUUGCUCCAUAUACCUGCUAUUGUCAUUCCUGAGAGAACCAGUUAGGGAAACUUUGUGCACUCCUGUGAAUACAUGGUUGCUCUGAGGUAAUUGGGAAAGCUGUUUCAUCACAUGUAGAAGGUAAAUAUAUCCUCAAUUACUUUACUACAGUAGCACCUCGGCUUACGUUACCCUUGAGUAAUGUAAACUUCGAGUUGCGAAAGUGGCAAACCCGGAAGUGUUUUGCCACACGUGCAUGCGCAGAAGUGCUCUACCGCACCGUGUGCAUGCGCAGAAGCAGUCUGCCGCCACUCGCACAGAUGUGCAGAAGCAGUUCCUCUGGUUAUGGAAACCUCGGGAUCAAACAAGAGCUCUGGAACGGACCCCAUCCGCAACCAGAGAUACUACUGUACUCAUUGGGUGUUUGGAUUCCAGUGGAAAAGGACUGUCUGAAGGCCUCUCUGCCAGGUAUCUGUAUCAUUGACCCAUGUUUCUUCAUGAAAAAGUGGUCUGUCCCCUUUGUGGAUGUCUUGUGGUAUUCAUUUCCCCCAGCGCACCAGCCUUAUCUCUCAUCCCCAGGUAAUGGGAGCCCCACCUCCAUCUUGCUGUGACCUUGCCUUCUUAUUUGGCUCUAAAGCAGAUCCAGAAUUGACAUUCUGUGACAGUGGUGACAUAUUCUUAGGGUCAGUUCUCUGCUCAGUUCUCCACUCCUCAGGGCAAAUGAAAUGUACGGUCAGCGCAUGAUUCUUAUGGAAACUGCCCACUGCCACAAAGCAAUCUGCUCUGCUGCUGUCAUAGUUUCCGAACUUGUAUCCAUAACAUGGUGGUUCCAACAUCCACUUCUGACUAUCAGGCUCUGCUUGAUACUCUUUACAUCAUGAUGACAAAUGAAACUGUUUUUAAUGAUUUUUUUAAAAAAAGUUGUCUGCAUCCACCCAGGUACGUCCAAAGAUAGAUAUUAUUUUUCCACCAUUGCAUGUGUCAAAAGUUUAAUGUACAGAUACAAUUUAUUCACAUUUUUUUGUACCUGCUGUGUUUUAUUUGUGUGGGCUCUUAAGUUGGGCAGUCCUAGCUUACAAGGGUCAAUGGCAGCUGUUGAAUCUCUGACUGCCCUGUUAGCCACCACCUCUUCUGUUUUUUGUUUUUUUAAUUCAAGAGGUACACAGCAGGGCAUUAGGGACCACAUGUAUUUGCCAUUAUUCUUGGUUUGUGUGUUCUUUGCUAAAAAACCUGUUCCACUUUUUG